AUGUCAAACCUUUCUAAUGUGAUAGAAUUGGGCAAGAGUCCUGACGAGAGAAAAUCAGAAGCAGAACAAGAGUUACAAGAUGAAGAAAGUUUCUCAUAUGCUAUACAUCUUAGCACCUCUAUUGUUCUUCCAAUGGCACUUCAAUCUGCAACCGAGCUUGGUGUUUUUGAUGUGUUGCUAAAAGCUGGUCACGAUGCUCAACUCUCUGCCGACGAGAUCGCAUCUCGUCUCUCAUGCAUCAAUCCCGAUGCUCCAAAAAUGUUGGAUCGGAUCCUUGCUCUUCUUGCAUCUCAUUCUAUAUUGAAGUGUUUGGUUCUUCAAGAUGAACAAAAGCUUGGAUCGUUUCGCAGACUUUAUACUAUGGCUCCCGUUGCUAGAUUCUUCGCUCGUGAUUCUGACGGUGUUUCAUUGGGACCGUUACUGAGUUUAAUUGUAGAUAAAGUCUUCUUAGCUAGUUGGCCCGAGCUUAAGAAUGCAAUUCGAGAAGGAGGUGUUCCAUUUGACAGAGUUUAUGGCACACAUGCCUUUGAAUAUCCAAGUUUGGACUCGAGGUUCAACCAGGUUUUCAAUACCGCUAUGAUCAAUCAUACCAAAUUAGUUAUGAACAAGGUUCUUGAAUGCUACAAAGGUUUUGAUAAUGUUAAAAGGCUUGUGGAUGUUGGAGGUGGUCUAGGUGUCAACAUUAACUUAGUCACUUCCAAAUAUCCUUGUAUUAAGGGUAUCAAUUUCGACUUGCCUCAUGUCAUACAACACGCCCCUUCUUAUCUGGGAGUUGAACAUGUUGGUGGAGAUAUGUUCAAAAGUGUGCCUGAAGGAGAUGCCAUUUUUAUGAAGUGGAUACUUCAUGAUUGGAGUGAUGAGCAUUGCUUGAAGCUUUUGAAGAAUUGUUAUGAUGCUAUUCCUGAUGAUGGAAAGGUGAUUGUUUUGGAGGCACUUCUUCCUAUAAUACCUGAAAAUGGAUAUGCUUCGAGGUAUACCUCUCAAUUGGAUGUUUUGAUGAUGACUCAAAAUCCAGGUGGAAAAGAACGAACUAAGCAAGAAUUUGAAGGUUUGGCAACAAGAGUUGGAUUUAGUGGCAUUAGAUAUGAAUGCUGUGUUCGUAACUUUUGGGUUAUGGAAUUCUUUAAGUGA